UGUUUAACAUACAAAGACAGAAAGGAAGCUUGCUCCCAUGUUGUUGCUAAGCAACUCUUGGACAUCAUGGAGAAGAAAGCAACAAAUUUAGCAUUUUCUGUGGAUGUUGUAACAUGCGAAGAGGUUCUAAAGCUUGCAGAUCUUGUCGGUCCAUACAUCUGUAUUUUGAAAACUCAUGUGGAUGUUCUGGAUGAUUUCAAUGAGGAAUUCAUUAAAUCGCUGCUAAGUUUAGCAGACAAACAUCAAUUCCUGAUAUUUGAAGACAGGAAAUAUGCAGACAUCGGCAACACAGUGAAACUGCAAUAUAGCUCAGGCAUUUUCAAGACCAGUGACUGGGCUCACAUCAUUAAUGCUCAUACAGUGCCGGGUGAUGGUGUCAUUAAGGGCCUUAAAGAAGUUGGAAUGCCAAAAGACCGAGGCUGUCUUCUGAUUGGCCAGAUGAGCUCCAAGGGGAACCUAGCACAAGGAACAUAUACAGAUGCAACUGUUUUAAUGGCUGAGGAACAUUCUGACUUUGUUUUUGGAUUUAUUUCAACCUCAAAAAUUUCUUCCAACCCUAAAUUUCUUCAUAUGACUCCAGGUGUUAAAAUGGCUGUAGGGAAGGACAACCUGGAACAACAGUACUUGACCCCAGAAGAGGUCAUAGUCAAUAGAGGAAGUGACAUCAUCAUUGUUGGUAGAGGGAUUUAUCAGGCAGAAGACCCGGUGAAAAUGGCAUUGGCUUAUAAGGAUGCAGGGUACAAUGCGUAUUUGAAAACCAUAGUGUAACCAAUCAAAAUCAAUGUAUCAUAUUUGUUUAUGAGCAAUAUUAACUUUUUCACUAGGUUUAAAAUUAUUUUUCUCAUCAAGUGAAUAUUAUUUUUCAUACUGUUACAAUUCGUACUCGCACAAUUCAUGAAAGAGCGCCAUCCUUCGAAGUUUGGCUGCCGCAAGUCGCAUCAGAGCAGUAUUCUUACUGUACACAUUUUGCAUUCAUAUUAAUUUUAUAGUAGUUCAUUAUGGGAUGGGGCAUUCGAAUGAAUUGGAAUUUGCCUGCUUGUAUGGUGUAGGCUUUACAGUAGGAAGCUUUUGAUUUGCACGACGUGACGCUAGAACAUAUUUACUCAUGCGUGACCAUCCUACAUCUUCUGCACAACAUAGAUUUGGCCAAAUUGCAACCUAGAAUCCAUGCGACCGCGAGAAUUUAACAUAAAAACCAAUUCUAUGAUAAACUUAAGCAACAUUUGUCAUAUCAGGAUGAUAUCUGACUCAGAGAGCUGACAUGAACUUUUGCACACAUCACAUGACAUCAACAGCACCCUCUACUGUCAGCUUUAGCCCAGUCCUACUAGUCUUUUGUAGUGGAAAAUUACAUAUAUUUUCAUAUUUUUCCUUUAUAUUUCCUUUUGUAUAACUUGUGAAGGUUGGAUAUUUAUCUAAUGUCUCUUUCUGUAUAAUUACUUGCCUUGGCCUAUCUGUGUACUAUCAAACAUUAUAUUUAUCUUUUGGUUAAAUAAAGGAACAAAUUAGCACA